AAUUUAUCGUACAAGACUCCAUAAUACUAUAGUCAUUAUGGAACACUUAUCAUCAAUUUUGUUCCUACUUUUGAUUAUUUUCUUUGCUUUGCUGAGUGAGUCCAAAGUGUUCAACGUCGUCAAUUAUGGCGCCGUCGGCGACGGCUUAACCGACGACACCGAUGCUUUGGCGAAAGCAUGGGAGGAGACUUGUACGAUGGAUUCGUCUUCUCCGGUUAUGCAAAUACCGGAGGGCAAGACGUUCUUGAUCCAACCCUUAAGGUUUAAUGGCCCUUGCAAUUCAAAAAGUAUUACGGUGCAGAUCGACGGAAAUUUGGUUGCUCCGGAGAAUCCUUCCGACUGGAGUAGUUGCAAUGGCGAGCCUUGCCAGGAAUGGAUCCACUUUUUCGGCGUCGACGGCCUUAGCGUUGUUGGCCGCGGCACAAUUGACGGCCGCGGCCAAAAAUGGUGGGAUAUGCCGCGAGGAACGAAACCAAGUGCAUUUCAGAUCGCGGCCGCGAAGAACGUCUACUUUGGAGACGGAUUGCGGUUUAAGGACAGCCCUCAGAUGCAUAUUGUCCUAAACGGGCUGUCGUCGGUUCUAGUCUCGAAUAUAACCAUUGUCGCCCCGGGGAAAAGUCCCAACACGGAUGGCAUCCACGUCGUCGGUUGUACUAAGGCUGUCAUUGAUCGGGCUUGGAUUGGGACAGGCGACGAUUGCAUUUCCAUCGUCGACAAAUCAUCCUAUGUGUGGGUUAGCAACAUAGUAUGUGGUCCGGGGCAUGGCAUAAGCAUUGGGAGCCUAGGGAAGAACGGAGCUGAGGAUAAAGUCGAAAAAAUUGCGGUUGUAGACGUUGUCUUCAUCGGGACACAAAAUGGUGCAAGGAUUAAGACAUGGCAGGGUGGCAAAGGCUAUGCUCGACACAUUAUAUUCGAGCGAAUCUUGUACCAUCGAACGGCGAAUCCGAUCAUCAUCGACCAGUUCUACUGUGAUCAUCAGGAAUGCGUGGAAAGCGAAUCCGCGGUGAAAGUGAGUGGCGUUACAUUCAAAGAAGUAGUCGGAACUUCAUCGACGGAGAGGGCCGUGACGUUGAUGUGCAGCGAGGCUGUCCCGUGCCAGGACAUUAUUCUCGACGACAUCCACAUCCGGACCACAAACGACGAGGAGCCGUCGUAUGAGUGCCAGAAUGUGCGCGGGAGAGCUAGUGGCGAUAAGGUUCCGGAACUCUCGUGUUUGAAAUGAGUCGAAGCGAGCUGAGUAAUUAGUAAUACCAUGUAUAUUGUAGGAGAUAAAACAUCAAUACAUUGUUUGAAAUUGAAUUUUGAUUUGAUAUUUUAUUUAAAUAGGACUAUGAUAUAAUAUUUUAUGAGAGUAAAUAGAAUUC